GAUGUCCGGUCGUCGUCAGCAGCCGCGAGGAGCGGCCGUAAAGUUUGUCCUGCUCGCGCUCGAACCCUCGGCUUCUAAAAUGGCUGGCUGGAGGUUCGAGGAGGAAGCAGCGGCGGCGGUCUUCCUUCCUGCACACAUAAGCUAUGCCUAAAUGGGUAUGACCCAAAAUGGACGGUCAGCUGGCUACAGUCCUAUCAAGAGGCAGCCCAGAAGUCCCGAAUGGAAGCCCGUGUGCAAUGUCGUCCGACCUGCUGGGCGAGAACUCAAAGAGGGACCCUCAGGGGGCAUGUUCAGACGCUACAGGGAAAGGUAGCCUCCAGUCUUGCCCCGUCAACCAGGAUGCUCUGUCAAUCAACAGGAGAAAGCCAGUGGUGGGGGAGACUUGCGAGCCCACAUACCAGGAAAUGAGAGAAACUCAUGGGUCGCGGCAGCCAAUCAAAAACCAAGUUGUGGAUCCUCCUCUGUGCCAGACGCCCGACGUCCACUCCGCCACCAGACCCACCAAAGACUCGCAUUUUGAUAAUGCACGAGAAACAAACCAAAUAUCUAUCGCCAAGACCAAGGACCAGAAAGUCAAUCUUACGGCAGGGACGCAUGCUAGUGGAGAUGUUUUGGCGACAGAGACCAUCCACUCAGUUGACCCAGAAACCCAAAAAGAAGCCCAUUUAGCAACCGGUGUUAUAUCACCGGAUCAGGUAGUGAAGAAGGAACCUUUAGACGAGCAAGUCAAAGACUCUCUGAAGGACUUUGCCUGGGCGGAGGAACAGAGCGAGCCGUUGGACUUGAGUCUCCCCAAGAAACUAGAGAACCGAGACCACAGACACGGACGCUUUCUGGACGUGUGCGACGGCUUGCUGAUUAUGGAGGUGGACGAAUACGAGGGUGAGGGAGACCGGGACGUGGUGGAGGAGGAUGAAGAGGAACUGCCUUCCUUUUACAAUGCCUCUGUCUUUGCCCAGGAUCUUCUUCUCAUAGACGACCAGGGCAUUCCAUACACCCUCACCCCAGAUGGGCUAAGGGUGCCGCAAGUGGACGUCACCGCCUCCGAGGGCCCGGUCGAGAACGACAAGGCCUCGCAGUUGCCUGGCUCAGCAGGUUCAGACCUCACCCAAAGUUUGGCUGAUGCACUAAAUGCACCUUCCGGUGACGCGACGCCCUCACAGGUGUCCGAGUCGCCUUCUCUGACACCACAAGUCUUCAGCGGUUUGGCUCUAAAGUCCUCUAAAGAAUCUGGACCAUCCCUCUCCAACCAGCCCAUCCAGAUUCUUACCACACCUUCCUCUAGUACUCCAAUCCUGCUCUCCUCUGCUCCACUGAGUCUUUCUCUUCCAAUCUCUGUCACCCCCAACACUGCUGGUACUUCUGCCCCGAUGUUCCUUCUCCUUUCCACCGGUGACUCCACCUCCACCCCAAUCGCUAUCCUGAACCCCUCAACCGGUCAGCUAUCCCAGAUUUCCCUUUCUAUGGCUUCCAGUAGCACGUUGACUCAGCCUGUUAUGGGAUUGGGACUGAACAAUCCCCCUGUGAUCCUAUCAGGAGGUUCCGGUAGUAUCCUCACCUCGAGUCUGGCCACCGUUUCCUCCUCACUCGUACCUACUCACGUCGACUCCCCUGUCGGAAUUCAAGCCAUACCUCCCGAGCAGGUCUCGAAUGAGAACGAUAAGCCAUCAUCUCUUACAGCAACCACUGCUACUUUGACACCUGACCCAUCAAAUGCCCAAUUUGUUGACCCCAACCCCCCGGUGGACUCUGAGCAUUUACCCCUAGACGACCACAUGUACUUCAGUGCAGCCGCUCCUCCUUCACCGCCAAAACUGGAACCUCUGGACCCCUUGGACCCGCUGGACCCCCUUUCCCCCACGGAGUCAGCCAACGACCCUUCUGCCCGGCGGGUGCUCUACUGUCAGCUGUGCCCACGGAUCUUCUUUUACCUCUCUGACCUGGAGCGCCACGCCAUCACGCACUCACAGAAGAAGCCUCACGUUUGCCAGCAGUGCGGCAAAGCCUUCAAGCGCUCCAGCCAUCUGCAGAGACACAAGCACAUCCACACGGGUCAGAGGAACUUCGUGUGUCCCAUCUGUGCCAAACGCUUCAGGGAGGCCGGCGAGCUCCAGCGCCACCAACGGGUUCACACGGGCGAGAAGCCCUACCAGUGCCAACUUUGCCACACGCGCUUUGCCGAGCGCAACACACUGCGACGCCACACCAAGCGCAAGCAUCCCUUCCACCAAGUGGCCGUGGACAUGCUUAACGAUCGCGGCGGCGUUCGUCACGAAGAAGAAGAGGAACCCGCAGAAUGGUACAGCUCCACUGUGUCUCACCUUGAAAACUCUGAGUCCGAAACGGAGAGUUAAAAUGUCACAAACCUACGGGUUAAGACGGGAACACUUGCAAUAUUAAUAUUUAUGUUUCAAAAACGACUUAAUUUAUAUGAAUGUAUGCUAUUCCCGUUGCAUUUAAAGACCCCGUAAAGUGAUUACAGAGAAUUAUUUCGAAAUACGUUCGACUUGUUUGAAGGUAGUUGGUGAGAAAGUGCAAAGACUCCGAAGUCUAAUGAGGAUGUAUAGCGUUAAUAUUUUUUUAGGGACCAAAACGGCGCCCAAUAAUGCACUUCAGGAUCUGUCAAGAGUUCCCCCUCUUGUAAUAUAUCAGAACUUGUGCACUUUUGUUCGCCUCAGCGGUUAUCCAGUGCAAAUACGACAUUCAUUUAGUCUCAGAUAGUCGGCUGCCAUGGCUGCUGUAAAAUGCAUCGUCGCAAGUAGUGAAGGCGUAAGAGCGCGGUAAUUCUAUUCUUAUUUUUUAAAGACAUAACAGCCAGUGUUUUUAGAGGAGUCAUACACUAUUGUUGUUGAAUUAGAGUGCCUCGUUGUUGUGCCGUGUGAAAGCUCCUGGUGAGUGAUAUUCCGGCCACUGAAGGCAGAAGAAAGAUGCUAGUUGAGCUAGCAUGGAAGAGGUAUUUGAUUGGCAGUUAAGUGGGGACGUGGUUUGAGUACAUUUGGUGGACACGCCCACAGCGUUGGUGAGCAGAGACAGCGGCUUGAUUUUUCAUAAUUAGGAAGCGUCAUUUCAUAGACUUUUAUUACUCAAUUUGGCAGGAUUAUCAUCAAUCUUCUCUGUCAUGUGUAAACAUUCAUUUUCACUUUACAGGGACUUUAAUGGCCAACAAAUAUUUUAUCAUGACCUUUUUGGCUGAUUAUGACAGCUUAAUAUCAAAAUAGUGAUUUUGUUGUAAAUUGAUGUUUGCAUCAAAUUGCAUUCCCUAACAAUCAUUGACGAGACCUUCAAGUGCUUAAAAGUAACUUAACCUCUUCUCGGCUGCGCUACCUUGUAGUGAAAUCUAUAUUUCUUAACAGAACAAAAACACUGUGAGUCCUUUGCACUUGUUUUAUUCCGCACAAUAUUCACUUUUUUGCUUAGUGAAUUUAAAAGGAAAAAGAAAGCAUUCUCUAUUUUGUUGCCUAUUGAUUUGAUGUAUUUAAUACAUAUCUUUCCAGACCAAACGAGUUAUUCCAACACAUACAAUAUUCACAUUUUGUUUAUUUGUGGACUAUAUUCAAUUGUAUUUAAUACAGUUUGACAACUUCCAACUUUA